AUGAUUUUAUUCAAGAUAUACGCUGUCGCUUUGCUUGUAGCGGCCGCGAUAGCCGAUAAGAAAAUAGAACUUGAAGAUAUCGAAGAGGAUAAUUUGAAAAGUGAAAGGCAAACGGAGUACGAAAAGGAACGUCCUCAAGGACCCAGUGCGGUGUCCGCACCUGAUUUGGGAUAUCUGAAAAAUAAUUUCAUUCAGUAUUACGAUGCACCUUCGCCGACAACGCAGCACCCGCGUUACGUGCAACAGUACGCUGUUACUGAAUCACCUGAAGCCCAAUCGAAACCUCAGUAUGAUCAACAUCAACCAGUAGGCUAUAUAUCCAAUGUGCCUAUGCUCUACAUAGUACCACAAUACUACAACGAGCAGAUACCACAAGCACAACCUCAUGGCACACAAUAUGCUCCUUCUGGACCUCAAAACAGCUACCCAACUAGCCCCGAACAGCAACAACAACAAAAUUAUGUUGUCCCGACUUUUAUUACUCCGACCGGGAAUGCACAAGUUCCAAGGUUUAUUCAGCCCUACACAACUCCAGUGGCAUUCAUCGGUUAUCCACAGCCAACACUUCCACCGCCGCAGCCUAGUGCAAGCCCACCACAAUCAUACCAAACAUACCAAAGUCCUAUAGCUAAUUACCAGACAGCGCUGGUAGCGCCACCUUUUAAAAAUUACCAGCAGAUAAAUCAUUAUUCUAAUUCCAUUGACCAAAAUCACGGCCAAGGAUUUUCAUCUCAAGCAGAAGGUCCGUAUGUACCCCACCAAGAAUAUCCAAGAUAUUAUAAUUCAAGGGCUCCAGUAAGAGAUGAUUAUAGAACAUCUAUUGAGUUGCCUCAUCCAAGUCCAUUAUUAUUGAAACCAUCGCCACCACAUUUAUCACAUAUACCGAAGGCUUUGCCAACAUACCGCCCCUUGUCAAAACCUAUAUACGCAACAAGUGGGCCACUGAUUUCUACCGCUUUCACUCCUAAGCCCGCUGAGGCGUAUGGAGUUCCAUUUAAAAGGAGACCGACGUCUUUAUUGGAAUCCUAUAUCCCAUCAAGCGUGCAACUAGAGUAUUUGAAGAGAGGUUACACCAAAAACGCAUUGUCAACUUACGAGGCAUUGUCGAGUGGCCGCGGUUUUCCCCAAGUUUAUCCCACACCAAGAUAUUAUGAACGUGGUUUUCUUCCCAAUCAAAUGUACCACACCGCAGCUGGUGGUGUCACUUUUGGCCAACAUAAAAGAGCUCCAAAACUAUCUAAGUAA